UAUGCUGAUGAGGAGACAUGGGCCUCGUAAGGUGCCUGGCGAUGUUGCUCGUUCCAAGAAGCCUAUGAUGGAUGAGGAAUCAAGUGCUCAUGCUUCUCCAACGCUUACAACUGGUUCUGAAACUACAGGCAUGUCUGGUAGACCGAGUGAGAGUGAAAGAACUUUGAGGAGGGACAUCUUUGCUUAUAUGGAGCCACAGCCUGAGAUGGCUUCGCAGCACCGAGAGCAUCAACAACUCACUGCCGAAGAAGCUGCAGCAGGCGACAGAGGAACAUCUUCCUUACCCAAGACUUCCGCGGAUCUUGGACAACGAAGCCAACCACAUUAUCCCGACUCUUUGGCACAAUGGCCAUUGACUCCAGAGAGUGUUGGCAGGCCACCACUGUUGAACACCGAUGGCUCGACUUCUCUGCCUUCGCCUCAGUCUAUACGCUCAGCAUAUGCUUCGCCUGAAUCUUCAGAACCUCCCUUAGCUCGACCAGCCAUACCUCCAUCUCAGAACAGUGGUUGGACAAGUCAGCAAGGUGAUGGUGCCUGGAGUCAAGGACCUGGUCGGCCCACACCCAUCCCGAUUCGAACAGGUGUAUCUCUGUUCCAACAACAAGGGCAUCAGGUUGUGCAACCCGGCAUGAACNAGAGGGCAGGUCCGUUACCUCAGAGUCCUCGGUCCAAUGUCAGGCUUGAUGAUCAGGUGGAAGCCCUUCGCGAACACAUUGCAUCCCAACAGAGACCCUUUGGUCCAACUUAUAGCAAUCCUGUUCCGACGCCAGGUCCAUAUCGGCCUCAAAUGUACCCUACCAGUCUACAAGCACAACGAUCAAGUAUUUGGAACGACUACGGUCAAAGCUUACGGCCACCGCCUCCUCAAGCUGGGAUACCAUCACCUGCUCCGGCAGCUUCGGGCUUUCCUGACUUCCAAAAGACCACGCUCGAAGGUUAUGAACUUCUAGCAGCUAAGCUGACAGACGGAACCAUCGGAGCGCGACCAAUGUAUCGCAGUUUUGAGCACUUACACCAUCGCUUGCUUCUAUACCUACAAGACGAGAUCUGCGAGUACGAAGAAGAAUUGCGCAGUCUGGAUGAAUGGAUAUCUCAGAUCGGACUCGUGGUUUCUGAAGGAAAGUCGAAGCCUGCGUCAAGGCGCGCAGAAGCACGAAUCACACCUGCAGACAGUGAAUUGAUGUUCAGGAGGAAGUUUGUGUUGGGUGAGAUUUUCGUCAAGCUGGAAAGAUAUCGUAAAUNNCGUGCUGUCGAGGCAUUCUUCAAUGCUUCCAAGGAUUUGCAAAGACCGCAAGAGGCAGAGAUAGCACGUUACCGCGAAUGGAUGUCGACACAUCGUCCUGUCGACAUGAUAGAAGCGGCUUUCCUUAAGCACGAAAAGGAUCUAUUCGUCUUUCCAAACAGGAAUGUCGGAGCGUCAGUGACAGCAGCGACAGCUUGCCUGCCUUUGUUGCUACUCUUGCCAUUACUAGCUUUUGCGGUGGUGCCGGACUUUCUCUGCCGUAUCCUUAUGGUAGCUGUAUGCACCAUGGGCCAAUGGUUUCUGUGCUCUACCAUGGACAUCAGACAUGUUUUGACUGCACGCGAACGGAUCUUCUUCUCAGGCAUAUAUGUGGCAUUCAUGACACUAAUCGCUGCCAUGGCUCGC